AUGUCGGACCAAGAGGAUAUCGACUUUGAUGAGCAGCUGCUGGUGCUUGCAGGCGUCACGGAGAAGAAAAGGAAACGCAGUCAACAAGGCGCGUCGUCCUCCAAACGACGCAAGGCCGACAUGAACGAAGACGGGGAGUCUGAACAGUCCAACGCCGAAAGUGAAGACGAGAUGAGCAGCUCGAACCCUUACCCUCUCGACAACCGAUAUGUCGACGAGGCCGACCGUGCGCAUUUGAUGGAACUGCCUGAGAUCGAGCGCGAGGCGAUCCUCGCUCAGCGGCAAGAGGAGAUGCAGCGUUCGAAGGACAAGCAAGCCCUCGAGAAGAUGCUCCAACAACAGAAUGGACGCGGUGUUAGCUCUGAUGAGGGUGUGUCCAAGGCUGCAAAGCGGCCGCAUGGUGCAAGGGGCGCCACGAAGGAAAAGUCGAAGAAGCUAGAUGAGUUGAAGGCGAAGCGGAGGGCAAAGGACGAGAAGAAGCGUACGAGGACAAACUCGCCAAAGCGUGACCGCUCCUCAUCCCCUAUGGACAUGGAGACAUCGGACGGCGAGGACGAAGACGGUCAGAUCACCAAGACGGAUCUGGAAGAAGAGCGAGACCGUAGGCUGUUCGGGAAGGAUGCUCCGGAGGACGACGGGCCGAUCACCCUCGACGACCUCAACUUGGCCUGGAUCAGUCGCGACAUGAUUGCGAAGUUUUGCUGGGCACCAUGGUUCGAAGAGUUUGUCAAGGGUGGUUGGGUGCGCUUCCUCACUCCCCCUGUUGCCGGUGGCGAACCCACAUACCGACUUUGCGAGGUGCAAGGUCUUUCCGACUUGCAGGGCGAGAAGCCUGUUAAGCCGUACCAAGUCAACAAACAGAUGGUGAACCAGGUCAUGGAGCUCAAGCACGGCGCGACGUCGCGCUUUUUCCCGAUGGACAAGAUGUCGAACAGUCCGUUCCAGCAGGCAUGUUGCAUAUUUACUGUCGUCAGAUCAUUGAUCUCAUGGUUGCCCCAGUCCGAGUUUGAUCACUUGGCACGGACUUACGAACAUGACAAGGUCAAGCUGCCCACUAAGCGACAGCUUGAGAAGAAGCAAGAGCAACUGCUCAAGUUUUCUACGCAACCAAUGACUGAGAGCGACGUUGCAGCCAUGCUGGCACGCAAGCAGGCGUUGGACGUAGGAAGGACUGGUGCUACCGGCAACAAUUUCUUUGAACGCUCUCGUCUUCAGCACGCACGCACCCUGGCUAUCAGACGGAACGACGCGACCGAGGUUGCGGAGCUUGACAUCAAGCUAGCAGAGCUUGCCGCAAAGACGCCUCAGCGCGAACAGGAAGCAGAAGGCUCCGCAGACAAACUCACGAAGCUGAACGAGCGCAAUCGGCAGCUCAACCUCGCCCAGAUCCGCCAGGCCGAGCGUGCGGAGGCUGAGCGGAAGCGACAGCGGUCUAGCGCCGCCGUGGCCCGUCUCAAGGCUAAAAAGGAAGCGGAGGCAUCCAGGUCGGUGUUGGGCAACACUCCUGGUACCCCGGCCAAGGAAGGUACACCCGCCACAGGGUCUCCCUCUGGAACUCCUGCGCGCGAUGCCCCUCCGCCCAGGAGAAACGGCAUGAGCUUCGAAGCCAGCAUCCUCCAGACCGUGGAGAUCGACCUUGGGGACUUCUAG